GCACCAAUCUCAACGUGCGCAGCGCCGGAGAAAAAUCCGACCAGACUUUUGUUUGUUCAGCUCUUCACUCCCCCAUCUCGCACUCAGAUCCCGCCGCCGCCCGCCGCCGCCGCCGCCGCCAUGGGCUCCGCCCACUCCUCCCACUCCUCGGUGUCCACGGCCGCCGACAUGGACGAGGACGACGACGACGAGCCAUCGGCCGCGUCCGCCGCGGCUCCGGCCCCUCCGGCGCCCGCGCCGGCUCCCCCGGCGUCCGCGUCCAAGGUGCUCGAGCAGGAGCCCGAGGAGCUCCCCUGCCGCGCCGCCGACUCGCCGCUCUCGCCGCAGCCCUCCGCCGCGGGGACGCCGCGCCUGCUCGCCGCGGGCCCCACCAUCAAGGUGUGGGACCCGUGCCACGUCCUCCUCCCCCCGCCGUCGCCGCACCAGUCCCAGUCGGCGCGGGCCGGGGCCGGGGCCGAGGCCGCCGCCGCGCUGGAGGUGGUGGUGGUCAGCCACGGGGAGUGCGCCGCGGCGAUGCGCCCCGACCUCGUCGGCGGGCGGUGGCCCGCCGCGGCGCUCACGGCGCGCGGGGAGAGGCAGGCCCGCGCGCUCGCCGUGUUCCUGCGAUCCCGCGGCGCGCGCCUCGCCGCCGCGUACGCGUCCCCGCUUGACCGCGCCCGCGCCACGGCCGCACUGGUCUGUCGGGAACUUGAUUUUCCAGAGGAGCAGAUUCAAGUAUCAGAUGCUCUGACUGAGAUGAGUCAAGGUCAGUGGGAAGGCUGCCCGAAAUCAGAAGUAUAUACUCCAGAAAUGGUCAACCUGAUGGAUAGCACUCAGCCAGAUUUCUCAGCGCCUGCUGGUGAGUCUCUCAGGCAGGUACAGUUUCGGAUGAUGGAAUUCCUUAAUCAGACAGUCGUACGGUUACCAGAAAAGGUGGCAAUGGGGGACUCACUAUCACAACAAAAUGAGGCGAAGGGUCUGUCUCGGCAAAGUUCCACCAAUUCUGUCCAAGAUGGUCCCCCUUGGGAUUUGCUUUACAGGCUCAAUCGGCAUAGCCUCCAAAGGAAAAAAUCUGGGAAAAGCCGGCUUCAGUUUGUCACUUCAGGCGACAAUGAGACUGAGGAUGACUUCUCACCAAAAGAAAUAAAUCAAAGGCAUAUCCUUCAUGAAGCAAAUCUAGCACCCUCGGUCACCUCCAUUGCAAUUUUCAGUCACGCAACUCCCAUCCGAUGCCUCGUUGCUGGCGUGCUGGAUUGCAAUCCUAUGAUAUCCCAGAGAAUUUGCAUUGAAGAUUCCUCCAUUACAGUUCUUGAGCAUUCACUAAAAACAGGAUGGCAAAUAAAGAGGCUGAAUGAUACUGCUCAUCUCAGACUUCUCUAAAUGCAAGCAAGCUGUUGUGCUACGCUGUUCGAGAGGAAUGUAUCUCUUUGUGCAUUGUACAGAAACUAUCAGAUCAUAUUCCUCAGAUCAGAUGCCAAGGCCAUCGGAAGUGGGAGUCUUCUGAUUGUAUUUCAUUUGUAUUUACUGACAUAUCUAAAUGCCAGGAAGAUCUGGCCCUGUGAUAGUGUUGUAUUGUAUUUGUUAUUAUUCUUUUUUUCUUGAGCUAAAUUAUUUGGUCAAGUGUAAUUUCCAUGUAAGGGGGGAUACAUUUUUAAUGUAUCAUUCUUUUUGCCGAUCA